GUGAGUUUAUUAGCUUUUCAUGAGAGCCGGGCUCGCCGUGUUGCUCUCAGGCUGUGGCUGUGGAUGUCGCCGCCCUCCUCUGGUGCUUUGCGGCGUGUGAUUGGGUUAAAGUCGUCUCCCCUUUCCCCUCUAACCCGGUGAUGUUGGCCGUUUCCUGCCUCUUCUGCCCGACUAGUGGUAGACACACAGCGCUGAAGCUCCGGUGAAACACGUAGCCCGGACGAGCGGGUUGCUUUAACAGCGAAAACACGAAGCCAUUCAGUAAAGCAGCACAUCCAGACCCGCAGCCAUGCGAAGGAAAUCCAGGAUAUUACUAUGUUUCGCUGUGCUCUGGAUCCUAGGAAUAGCGUAUUAUUUCUAUUCAGGAACAACGCUACAUCGGAAGGAUGACUGGAGUGGCUUCAGUUCGAGUAGGCUUCAAGCACACAGCAACACAGACAGCAGAGCGCAGAGUUUGGAAACCCUCCCACCAGGUAAAGUCAGGUGGCAGGACUUUGAUCAGGAUCUUUAUGUGGGGGCGACGGUGGUGAAGCCAGGUCAGGAUCCGUACGCCCGAAACAAGUUCAACCAAGUGGAGAGCGACAAACUGCGAAUGGACCGCGGUGUCCCAGACACAAGACACGACCACUGUCGCCAUAAACAGUGGAGGACGGAUCUGCCUGCAUCCAGCGUGGUGAUCACCUUCCAUAACGAAGCUCGAUCAGCUUUGUUGCGCACUGUAGUGAGCGUUCUGAAGAAGAGUCCUCCCCACCUCGUCAAAGAAAUCAUCCUCGUGGACGAUUACAGCGACAACCCUGAAGACGGAGCCUUGCUCGGGAAAAUCGAGAAAGUCCGGGUCCUUAGAAACGAUAGACGAGAAGGUCUGAUGCGGUCACGUGUCCGAGGAGCAGAUGCAGCCACGGCCAGUGUCCUCACUUUCCUGGACAGCCACUGUGAGUGUAAUGAGCACUGGCUGGAGCCUCUACUGGAGAGAGUUGAUGAGGACAAGACACGUGUCGUCUCACCCAUCAUAGACGUCAUCAACAUGGACAACUUCCAGUAUGUGGGGGCAUCUGCAGAUCUCAAAGGAGGUUUUGACUGGAAUCUGGUGUUUAAGUGGGACUACAUGACGUUGGAGCAGAGACGGGCGAGGCAGGGGAACCCCAUCGCUCCCAUCAAGACUCCUAUGAUAGCUGGCGGACUCUUCGUCAUGGACAAAAGCUACUUUGAGGAACUUGGGAAAUAUGAUAUGAUGAUGGACGUGUGGGGAGGAGAAAACCUCGAAAUCUCGUUCCGGGUCUGGCAGUGCGGUGGCAGUCUGGAGAUCAUUCCCUGCAGUCGAGUAGGACACGUGUUUAGGAAGCAGCAUCCUUACACAUUUCCUGGAGGCAGUGGGACCGUGUUCGCCAGGAACACCAGACGAGCAGCCGAGGUGUGGAUGGACGAUUUCAAGAACUUCUAUUACGCUGCUGUACCCUCUGCACGAAAUGUGCCUUAUGGGAAUAUUCAGAGCAGGCUGGAAAUGAAGAAGAGAUUAGGCUGCAGGCCAUUUAAGUGGUACCUGGAGAACGUGUACCCAGAACUCAGGGUCCCAGACCAUCAGGACAUCGCAUUCGGUGCCCUGCAGCAGGGCGGGAACUGCCUCGACACGCUCGGACACUUUGCUGACGGUGUGGUGGGAGUCUACGAGUGCCACAAUGCAGGGGGCAACCAGGUAGCAUUCAGAUCACAGGAGUGGGCUUUGACUAAAGAUAAGUCGGUCAAGCACAUGGACUUGUGUCUGACUGUGGUGGAGCGUAUGGCAGGAUCUCAGAUCAAACUGCAGGGCUGCAGAGAAAACGACAGCAGACAGAAAUGGGAACAGAUUGAGAACAACACUAAGCUGCGACAUGUGGGUAGUAAUCUGUGCCUGGACAGCCGGAGUGCCCGUAACGGAGGCCUGACGGUGGAGGUGUGCAAUCCCUCUCUCACUCAGCAAUGGAAGUUCACCCUGAACCUGCAGCCCUAGCCCCGAGCCCCUACGUCCUGCGUCCUCAGCAGGUCACAGAGCAGCGCGCGGUCUCUGAGGGAACACUGCCCAGCCGCAGUGGGUCUGCUCGCCCCUUCUCCCUCACCCAGGGCUAUGGGGCCAAACAGACACAAAAACAAACAUGAAAACUUUUUUCCAUCCAACUAUAUACCUCACCGUUUUAUUUCCAGCUCUUAAUUGAAAUGCAAAUUUGAGGUAUCAUCCUAUUUUCAUGCCAGCCAAAAGGAUUUGAUUUUUGUUUUGCCCUUUUCUUCCAAGCAUUUUUUUUGUUCUUAGGAGUUAUUUUAAUUAAUCAAAAUUGUUUUUGUUUCAUGUAACCAAUAAUGUUGAAUGUAAGUGACGCGCCACUGAGGCUUUUCUGAUUGGAGGGAGGAACGCAAGGACCUUUCAUUUUUUGUUCUGCAUUCUUAGCCUAGCACAGGUUAGAGUGUGUGUGUGGGCGUGUGUGUGUGUGUGUGUGUGGGCGUGUGUGUGGGGGGGUGAGAGUGUGUGUGUGUGGGCGUGGGCGUGAGUGUGUGUGUGGGCGUGAGUGUGUGUGUGGGCGUGAGGGUGUGUGUGUGUGUGUGCGGGAUUGAGUGUGUGUCUGUGUCCGUGGGAGUGAGAGUGUGUGAGCGUGUAAGAAUGUGUGUGCGCGUAAGAGUGUGCCCGCCUGAGAGAGUGUGCCCGCGUGGGAGAGUGAGCAUGUGAGAGAGUGUGCCCGCCUGAGAGCGUGUGGGCGCGCGUGAGCGAGUGUGCCCGCCUGAGAGAGUGUGCCCGUUUGGGAGAGUGCAUGCGUGUGUGAGAGUGAGCAUGUGAGUUAGUGUGAGCAAGCGUGUGAGAGAGUGUGCCCUCAUGAGAGAGUAAGCGCGCGUGUGUGUGAGUGAGCGUGUGAGAGAGUGUGCCCUCAUGAGAGAGUAAGCGCGCGUGUGUGUGAGUGAGCGUGUGAGAGAGUGUGCCCUCAUGAGAGAGUAAGCGCGCGUGUGUGUGAGUGAGCGUGUGAGAGAGUGUGCCCUCAUGAGAGAGUAAGCGCGCGUGUGUGUGAGUGAGCGUGUGAGAGAGUGUGCCCUCAUGAGAGAGUAAGCGCGUGUGUGUGAGUGAGCGUAUGAGUUAGUGUGAGUGAGCGAGUGUGCACGUGUGUGGAGAGAAUCAGCAGGCCUCUGUUUAUGUGAACACUGUGUACAGUCUGUUCAACAAACAAAAGAAAUAAUCAGAGGCCAGCUUUGUCUUUUCCCCCUGUGCAAACAAAUUGCUCUAUUUUGCAUCUUGAAUGAACAGUGAAGAACGACCCGUUUCCUCUGUGAGCUUCGGGAGUGUUUUGGUGGAGAAACAACAGGACACCACGUAGUGAUCCACACUACCAUUCAGUGUCUGUUGCCUUUGUCACAAAACAAACAACGAGGUGUACUUUUGUUUAUUUCCAUCAUCAUCAUCAUCACAUUGUCCUGUCCUGAGGAUAUCUGGAUUGAAGUCCAUUUCUAGCUGCAUUGGUGUAGAAUCAUUCCAUCGACUGUACCUGUGUACUGUUUCAGUCUCCUUGAAAUGAAAAUGUAUUUGUGCAUUAUGUUCGGGUCAGCAGGGGGUCACUGUGAUCGAAUCCAAUCCCAGUGGCACGACCUGUUCAAAUUCUGAUCGUGGGCUUCCCAGAACAAUACAGCAAAGGGUUUCAGAUGGAUUUGUGUAUUGCACAUUUAUAUUUUACUUGAUUUUUUUUUUUUUUUUUUUUUUUUAUUGUAUCAUUUGUUCUUGAGUUGUACAGUGAUUUAAGUCGACUGCCUUUGACUGUAUCCAUGCUACUGUAAACAGAAAGGGUACCUGAGCUGUGCAGCUCUCAGUCAGGGCUGGAAGUAGCUGGACCUCAACUGGACUUAGAGAGAGAGAAAAGUGUGCAUUUCUCUCUGUUCUGCAUCCUCCAUGCUUUUAUGCUUUCUUUCAUCGACGUUCAUUACGGUACUUUACACAGUGAUGUGCUUCUGGUUAGUUUGUUGUAAAUGAUGCACACAGAUGAACCGACAAGCUUUUAUACUAGUUCUGUUUUUCUGACCUUGGUGUGUGUCUGACUGAGCAUUAGCCCUGUAGCGUAAUUUAUUCUAGAUUAGGACACAUACCAAUGAGCCUCAGAUAUACUGUAAUCACCAUGUUCACUUGAUUCCUGAGUAUUUUUGACUCCUCUACAUCAUCCUGAAUUUGUCCAGCUCUGGGGAAUCUUUUAAACGCGCUCUCUGAAGUGUAUCGAAGGACACUAAGACAAGUUCAUCAGUGCCACUGUGGCAUGAGACUGACUGAAUCAGGGUGAAAACCCCAACCGGUGCGUGUUUCAUUGAAGUCAGACAUGAUGCUGUGCUCGUUAUACAGAGGGGGCUUUUUAUAGAUGGCAAAUGAAAGUGCACCCUUGAUGAGUUUCACUGCUGAAAUACAACUGCCUCUGCCAUCACUAUGCCAACAUUUGAGCAAUUUUGUACAUUCUGGAAAGAAACCUUUAUAUGAUGUCAAAAAAAAAAAAAACAAC